AUGGCAGCAGCUCUGUGGGGCUGUCUGGCUCUUACACUCGGCCACCACCGGCUCCUACAGGGUCUUCUGCAAGGGUCUGACCCAAAUACUGCUCGUCUUAGACCUGGCCUGGUGGCUGCGCAUCAACUUCCCCUACGUCUUCAUCAUAGCUUCCAUGACGCUCAAAGUCCACAUGCAGAAGAAAUUCAGCUUCAGCAGCUGUUCAGAGGAAGACUUGAUCUGUUCUUUGCUCCUGCAAAAGAGUGUUUUGCUGGGGUGUCCUGUGGCACUGGAGAAGCUCAGGUGAGGCACUGGCUGGGAGGAGGGCCCACUGCCACUGAGAGCCACAGAGGACAGAGCCACAAAGGAGAGCCUGGGGAGUCAGGACUACCAUCCUCUCAAAAAUGGUCAGAAAUGGGGAUUUGUGAGGAUGAACCACCAAGUGCUUUUCUGGAGAGGCUAGACUCUGAGUUGGAACUGUCUUGCCUGCAUUCCAUCCUGUCUACACUGCCAGCACAUCCCCAAAUAUUCUUGAAUGAUGAGACAAAAUGUGUUUUCCCUGGCCAUUCAAAGCUCAUGUUUUCAGAGCAAACAGUAGAAUACAAGAAAAUGCUUUCAUGUGAAAAAAGUACCUCAAAUGAUCUGCAGAUAACACCGGCAUUACUGGCUCUACAAGCUUUUGAAUUUGCAAAUCUGUUACGUCAUAAUUAAGGUACAAGCAGAACAAUAAAAAUAGAUUAAUUUUAAAAGUCCUAAAUGAUUUCUUUUGCAUUAAGUCUGGAUGCAAACCAUGCAGCCAUGAAGCUCCUGCUUUGGUUUGUAUGACCAGAUAGACUUAAAGUAAGUGGAAUUCAAAUUCAUGGAAAGCUGGUUGAUAUGGAAGGAAAUUUUUGACUUUUAAAUUGUGCUUGAAAGACAUUCAGGAUUGGGAAACCAUUUCAAGGAGAAUAUUGAUAUAUCCUACAUAAAUAUCAGAUUAGACCCUAAAGAUUUAACAUGAAGCAUUUAAUAUGCCUUCAACACCCAUUCUAAAGGGCUACGGUCCCAGAUACUGUCUCUGACCAUCUAAUGGAAGUAGAUAUUUGUAAAAUCAACCCCUCUGUACUUGCUCUGAGCCAGGCUGAGUUGAUGGUAAGCUGUUACCAUUUCUGCAUUUUUUUUUUUUUUUGCAGUACGUGGGCCUCUCACUGUUGUGGCCUCUCCCAUUGCAGAGCACAGGCUCCGGACGCACAGGCUCAGCAGCCAUGGCUCACGGGCCCAGCCGCUCCGUGGCAUGUGGGAUCUUCCCGGACCGGGGCACGAACCCGUGUCCCCUGCAUCGGCAGGUGGACUCUCAACCACUGCGCCACCAGGGAAGCCCCAUUUCUACAUUUUGUAGAAUAAUUUUGGUCAACAAAAUUUGAUUUCUCUUCUCACAUGCCUUUCCUUCCACUUCAAAUGCAAUAAAUGGAGGCCCUACAGUGAAAGUUGCAACAUUAACCUUACCUUUAGAUAAACCUUUCUCUAAUUAGGAACCCUAGCAGUGUUAUUUGAAAUAAAAAGGAGCUUGAGGCUAUCUGUCGUUGCUCAGUUAUAGAGAGGCAAAUCAAGUAUUUCCCUUAUAGAAGGUUUCCAGUUUAUAGGAGUCAAGGUAUCUCUUACACUUAGAUUUUUCUGGGUUAACUCCUUUUGUUGUGUGUUGAUAACUUUGAUAAAAGGCACUUAAGAGUGUAAGUUUUUAAGGAGUCCCAAAGUAAGACUUAACCAAUUUCAGAAUUAUUUGACUGCAUAUAUUAGUUUAUAUUGUGUGCUAAAUUACUAUGCCGUGUGCUAUUUUAGUGUUUUGGGAAAAUGAAAAAUAAAGCCCAUUCUUUGGCAUAAUAAAUGUCUCAUUUUAUGUGUGUAAAA